AUGUUUUCAUUUAACUAUCGCAAGGCUGAUAGUGGGAGCCAAUUCGUUCCUUUGCUCUAUGCUCAUCUGAUAAACAAUGGAAUGAUACCCUUUUUGGACACUAUGAACAUGAAACCUGGCCAGAAGCUGUUUGAGCAUAUUAACAACGCCAUAAAUAGCUGCAAGGUUGGUGUUGCUGUCCUCACAGAUCGUUAUUUCGAUUCUUACUUCUGUCUUCACGAGCUUGCCCUCCUCAAUGAGUCCAAGAAAAGAGUCGUCCCUAUCUUUUAUGACGUCAAGCCCUCGCAGCUUCAGGUUAAGAACAAUGCACGUUAUCCCCCUCAAGUACUCCAAAGGUUCUCCGAAGCUCUUGAGGAAACUAAAUACACUGUAGGACUCACCUUUGAUUCGUUAAAUGGAGACUGGACGGAGCUGCAAAGAAAGAUUUCGGAUGCUGUGAUAAUGAACUUGUUUGAAGUAGAGGAGGAGGAGGAGAGGAGGAGGAGAACGGCAUGCAACAUUCAACCGUGA